AUGAGUACCUUGAAAGACUCUAAAGAAGAGAAAGAAGAGAAGAAGGAAACCUUUUUCAAGUACUUUUCCCGACAAGUACCUGAAAAGGAGCCUCCCAGUUUAUACUUUCAAAAAAUCAAACAAAUUGAAGAGACCAAAUUAACUGUGUCCAAUUUCAACGACUUAUGUACGACUGGGGUAUCAGAAUCAAUUUCUGAUUUAUUAGAAAUAUUAUGUGAAGACUCUUUUUCAGUCAGACAGUCACAUCUGAUCUUUCUUUCCGUUUCCCACAAAGUCGAAACGUUUUCGUUAUUUUUAGACAGUCGGUCAGACCUUCUUGAUAUCUACAAAACAGUUCAAUACCAAACUAAAUUGGUUCCUCGUGUAUUUCUCAUGUCAAUGGUUGGUUCCAAAAUUGUGCAAACGAAUCAAGAGUACUCCGAUUUGGUUCUCAAAGACAUUUUGAAUUUCUCACUCGCCAUUUUCUCGCCUCUCAAAGCUUUGUUAAUGAGACUCUUCAUCUCAAAAACUGUUUCUUCAAUCAUUACAGACAAUAUGUAUUACACAUUUUUCAAAACAAACGUAGUCGAAGCCACGCGCGCAGUGUUACGAUAUACGUGUUCCAGUUCUUCAAGUCAGAGUGAAAAGGAGUGGAUCGAGGAAGCAGUAUAUCCUCUUAAAGAACUCUAUUCGCUCUUUUUCAAAUCUGGUGUCGCUUCUAAUGAUCAACUCACCAUCGAAAUGAUUCCACUUCUCUUGAGUGAAGUGUUUGAGACCAACCAUGACGUCUCGAAGCCACUUGUUUUAACAACCAUCUUAGAGUCUAUUUCCCCCGCACUUGUCUUAUCGACUCUUCCCAAUUUCAUCACAACGCUUCGGAACAUAAACAGAGAGUCUGUCUUUACCAUUCUUGGAAAUUUGAUAAAAACAGUGGGAAGAGAAUCGAUCACGCCAAAGGACUUUUCGUUGUUGUACAACUUGAUUGAGGAGAUGCGCGACGUCAUCGAACAGUCGAACUUAUUUUCGCUGUUGCAAGUGUUGUACCAAGCUACUAAGACAAGUAGUGACUGGCAAACUCUCUCAAGUUUGGUGUUCAAAUUGGCCGAACCAAUUCCAACGCCUUUAAAGGGGUCUUCCGCAAACAAUUUGUGGAACAUGUUAAGUCAGCCGAUUGAGUCCAAUAUGCUGAAGACUUAUAUCUCCGACAAAAACUUCCGAACGGUCGUCAAGAAGAUGAGUGGCGAUAGGAUGGUAUCAGUCGCGAAGAAGAUCUUAGACAAUUACGUGGGGCAAUUCACUAUCGACAGUCAAGAGGAGGCAACCAACUUGUUAGAUGUGUGUUCGUCGAUACUCACAAGUUCAUGUAAAGACCUUGAAAAGUUGAUGAAGGUGCUUCAUAUUGUGAACAAACAAAAUGGGGAUUUACAGUUGUUUGAGAUUUUGAGUUUGAACGCGCGUGUUGUGGAAAGUGUUGCGAUGGAAAGAGAAAAAAUGAGUGAAAAAGUCAACAUGAAAGAUUGCGACGAUGCAGAAAGAGAGAAAAUUAAAGCGAUGGAAAAAGGGAACGACGAAAAGUUGUCAACUUGUCUCCCACCCAUCAUUUUUGCCCUCCUCCACACGGGACAAAAUUUCCCAAAGCUGAGGGAAAAGUGCGCGGAAGAAAUUACUAAGAACGUCGCACUCCUCGGAGAAAUCGACAAAGUGCGCACCGUCAAAAUUGGGUCACAAAUCACUGUUGAAUUUUCAAAGUGGCGGAAUGAACACUUCAGUCAGAAGUACUUUGAAAUGGUUGAACGGUUGUGGAAUGUUUAUAAUGGCAUAGCAGAGUCUGGGGAGCAAGAAAUCGCUUUAUUGGAAUUGUUAGGCGCGAUGAGUGCAAUUGAAAGCGGGAACAAAGAAGCCAUCCAAUUUCGAGUGAAAGUUGAAAAGGAGUCGUCUGUGUUACUGAAAACAACAAAGCGGUGUGAGAUGUGUUGUAAAUGUGCGGCGCUUUCUGGGUGUUUGUCGAGUAUUCGAGAUGACCAACACGUGGAGGAAUUACUUCGCAAAGUGGCUAUGAUGGGAAGUAAUGUAAUUGUAGUGGAAGAAAAUGCGAAGCUGUUUGUGCUCAUUUUGAAUUACUUUGUGAUUCACUUCACAACAAAUAAAAUGCUUACGGGAGAGACUAUUAGCAAAAUUAUUGAGUUGAUUAAAGGGGUGUUGGGGAGAGUACAUGAUGGACACACAUUGCAAUUCUUCGAUAACACCAUAAAAGAAAUUAAAGAAAGAAAAGUGUUUGAUGAGAGAUAUUCUACGAUCGUGUGUUGA